GAGGGGAGAGAGGAGGGCUUCCCAGAAAGUAAAAAAAGAGCAGCAAGCAGCAGCUUUGGGGGCGAGUUGAACUUACCUGUUUUCUUGCAAGGAAUUAGAUUAAUAUCAAGUCAUCAGAGAGAUGGCCGCACGCCUCAGAUCGGGAUGUAGCCCCUGGAAAUUUCCAAACAAUUGUUGUCUUUGUGCAGUUUCACUGGGUUAAAAUUCCCUGCAGCUCAACAGAAUAACUGCAGAGGCUGGUAAAAAGUGUACAGUGAUCGGCGGCUGUGGAUUUUUAGGCCAGCACAUGGUGGAGAAGCUCCUGGACAAGGGUUACUCGGUCAACGUAUUUGAUAUCGAGAAGAGAUUUGAGAAUGACAGAGUGCAGUUUUUCCUGGGAGACCUUUGUGACAAAGAGGCCUUGCUCCCAGCUUUACAAGGCGUUUCUGUGGCAUUUCAUUGUGCGUCGCCAGCACCUUCAAGUGACAACAGGGAGCUGUUUUAUAAGGUGAAUUUUAUGGGAACCAAAACAGUCAUUGAAGCCUGCAAAGAAGCUGGAGUGCAGAAACUGGUGUUAACUAGCAGUGCCAGUGUUGUUUUUGAGGGUACAGACAUUAAAAAUGGAACAGAAGACCUCCCUUAUGCGAAAAAACCUAUUGACUAUUACACGGAGACAAAGAUCCUACAGGAAAAGGAAGUACUGAGUGCGAAUGACCCUGACAACAAUUUCUUCACUCUUGCUAUUCGCCCCCACGGGAUAUUUGGUCCUAGAGACCCUCAGCUCGUUCCCAUCCUCAUCCAAGCAGCUAAGAGUGGCAAAAUGAAGUUCAUAAUCGGGGAUGGAAAGAACUUGGUAGACUUCACUUAUGUGGAAAACGUGGUCCAUGGACAUAUCCUUGCUGCUGAGCGCCUUCAGAAGGACUCUCCCUUGUGUGGGAAGGCAUUUCAUAUCACAAAUGACGAACCAAUUCCCUUCUGGGCAUUCAUGUCCCGUAUCUUGACUGGCUUGAACUACGAUGCACCCAAGUACUAUAUUCCCUACGGGCUGGCGUAUUACUUGGCCCUGUUCUUGGCUCUAGUGCUGUGGCUGCUCAGUCCCCUGGUCACCAUCAAGCCCACUUUUACCCCUAUGCGGGUAGCACUGGCUGGGACCUUUCACUACUACAGCUGUGAACGGGCCAAACGAGACAUGGGCUACAAGCCAGUGGUGAGCUUGGAUGAAGCAAUAGACAGGACCCUCCAGAGCUACCCCCACCUACGCCGGGCUAAGGCCUGAGAAGUCCUGGAUGGAUUUUAUUUCUACCUGACUUUCCUAAUUGCUUUGAGAUUUUAACGUGAACGCUGAAGCAGAUUUCACUAAUUGUCUGGAACAGGGAGUUUUCCCAAAGUCCCUCCUCCUCCUCACCAUUAUCAAGACAGACUUCUCUGGGUUGAAAAACACUUCACGUAGUAGCUGUGCUAACAGUUCUUUCCUUUGAUGUGACUUGUUCUGAAACAGCUGCUGAACUCUGUGGACUGUGAAUAAACACCCUGCUGUGCCCUUUUUAGUCCCAGCCCAGCACAUCAGCAUUCCUUCGUCUUCUCUCUCCACCCUUGUCCUCUGUUUUGUUGCUCUGGUGAUAACAGCCGCCUCUUCUCAUAGCUGCAGAUCAGUUGAUGAAAUACUGCUCACAACUGAUUUCUCUCUGGCUUUUCUAUACAAAAGCAAUGAAAAAGAGGCCUUCAUCAAGGAGGAGUUCUGCCACCAUUUUUUAUUUUUUUUUUAACUGUUGAAACUGACUUUAUUGUUCUGGGACUCUCUUGGAUCUUCCUGUGAUUGGUGGGUUGCUUUGGCCUCUUACGGAGUAAUUGGAAGGAAAUCUGAGAAAAGGCAUGCCAGGCUCCUCCUUGUAAGGAAGCAUGUGCCUUUAUUUCUGCAGGAGCUUCAUUCUAUUUAAAAAUAUAUAAAUAAAACAAGAAGAGAUGGCUUCCUAA